UCUCUCUCUCUCUCUCUCUCUCUUCUGAAUGUUGGGAGCCCUGGACAAUGUCGUACCCACAGUUCGGAUAUCCCUACACAUCUGCACCUCAGUUUCUGAUGACCACCAACCCCCUGACUACAUGCUGUGAGUCAAGUGGCAGAACACUGACGGAUUCAGGGGCUGCUCCCUCUGCACAAACCCCCGUCUAUUGUCCCGUGUAUGAGAGCAGACUGUUGGCCACAGCCAGGCAUGAGCUUAACUCAGCGGCUGCCCUCGGAAUGUACGGGAGCCCGUAUGCCACCAGCCAGGGAUAUGGCAACUAUGUCACCUAUGGGGCAGACCCUUCUGCUUUUUAUUCACUGAGUCCAUUUGACACCAAGGAUGCAGCGGGAUCUGCGCAUGCGGGAAUCGCCCAGGCAGCUGCCUAUUACCCAUAUGAUCCGAGCUUGGGACAGUAUCAGUACGACAGGUAUGGAGCUGUGGAUCCAGGAGCCAGGCGCAAAAAUGCGACCCGAGAAACCACCAGCACACUGAAAGCUUGGCUGCAGGAACACAGGAAGAACCCCUACCCGACCAAAGGGGAGAAGAUCAUGCUGGCCAUCAUCACAAAGAUGACCCUGACCCAGGUCUCCACUUGGUUCGCCAAUGCCAGAAGGAGACUCAAGAAGGAGAAUAAAAUGACUUGGUCGCCAAGGAAUAAGUGCACCGAUGACAAAAAACCCUACGAUGACGAGGAAGAUGAAAGUUCAAGCCGUAAGAGUCCGGAAGAUGAACACAAUGAUGAUACCACAUGCAAAGAAGACAAAGAGCUGCAGCUGAGUGACCUCGAUGACUUUGAUGGAAUCGAGACCGAAAGUGACGAGUGUGAGCUGAAAGGCCCGUUUCAACAGAUGGACAGCGGUCAGAUCAAGGUUUCAGAAUGUCCGGCUGACCAGUGCAAGAAGGUCGCUUUAAAGAUACCCUUGGCAGCAUCGGGAGAUCGCUAUUCAGAAAAGGUCAAGAACUGUCUCAAGCGAGUGAUGACAAACUCCGAGCAAGACCUAAUGGCAGGAGGACAGAGGGGAUGUGAAUCUAAGUUUUGCUUCCAGCAGCAACAGCACAGUCAGCAGAUGCUCGACAGCAAGCCUCGGAUCUGGUCCCUAGCUCAGACGGCUACUUCGCUGAGCCAAGCUGAGUAUCCGUCUUGCAUGUUGAAACGGCAUCAGCAGGCAAUCUCCUCCUCACCCCCCUUGACCUCUAUGCCUACCAGCGUGGUGGACAGGCAAGAUUCUCCUGUGACCACUCUAAGGAAUUGGGUGGACGGGGUUUUCCACGACCCUCUAUUCAGACACAGCACUUUAAACCAGGCACUUACCAACACCACCGUCUCCUGGGCGACCACCAAAGGUGCUAUCUUGGAUACAGAGGCAAUGGGGCGCUCUUUGGGAACUCCUACAAAUACCAUUAAAGGACAGAUCCCAGGCUUACCCCAACAAGAAAGUAGUAAGGACCUCGCAACGUUUCCUAAAACAGGGAACAAAAUGUUUUGUUCAUAACAAACCAAAUAGUAUGGACUCUUGCUCUGGAGCCUUGUGAUGCACUACGAAGAGGCAGACUUUAACUCGAGACGUCCUAUUCACAAUCCCAGCCCAUCUUUUACUAGACUUUAUAUAUUUCAUCACUGUUUAAAACUUUUCACAAAACAACUGAAGUUAUUUCAAGCGCUCUUUAACUCAAUAGUGCUGUGUAAUUUAUCCAAGUCCGUGUUGGAAAGCACGUCUAAACGAAAUAAUAGACAUAUCGGUAAGGUUUACAAAUCCCAGCGUUUACAGGAGUGGGUAGCUUAGGCUGGAAUUCGCAGUCUGCUUGAAAGCAUGCAAAUAAUUCCCCGAAAAUCCAUUUUUGAAAAGAAUAUUUAUGCUACUAUCGAGCUCUGCCAAUGGAUCACUAGCAACACUUGUUAAAAGUUUACACCGUUGCACAAUUCUUUAGCUUUAAGAGAUGCAAGGAUAUAUGUUAAACAUAUAUGCACUGAAAUAAAUGUGCUCUUUUAGAGGUAUCUAACGAGUGUUGUCUGGUUACAUUGUGGGUGGAUAGAAUGAUUAAAGAAUUAGUUAAAACGAUACCAAUUUUCCAUUUUAAAGUUAUAACCCAUCAGAUGAAACUAUAUUAUUCACUUUGUCUGUUUUAGAUACAGUACCAUUAAAGUACUCUAUAACUUUUAAUUAAUAUAACAGAAUAGCAUGCACUUACUUCACAUUAAAAAUAUUUUUCCAGAAAUAUUCUCUGCUUCUCUCCUAGCCAAUUACUUCUUAAUGUUCUAAAAUUCCCUCCCCCUUCAACCACCUCUCCCCACCCCAGAAUGUUUCUUCGUUACACCCUCGAUGUUACAAUGAUUACAUUUAGCCGGUAGGUCAAUUAUCUUUAAUCCCAAAACAAUAUUUUCAUCGACUCCGCAAAAUUGGAUUAAAGUAAGUGCUCAAAUCAGUAUUGAUGCCAUGGUUCCGAUUGCGUGAAAUAAUGAAAGUUUGAACCUCUGUUAUGAGUCCAAGCUUUAGAGAUCAAGGUGCCAGAGAACUUGUUCAUUCUUCUUAGUGGGCCGUGCAUCUAUCUCCAAUUCGGAAAGGGAUUUUCAAGAGAAACGUGGGUUUUAUGCCGAAGGUGUAACAUGGUAGAAGAAAUGUGAAUGGUAUGCUACUUCAAAAAGCAUAACAGAAAAUAUUAUAUUGUCUCAAAGACAUUAAAUAAUGCAUAUAUUUAUCGUACAAUUUCAAAACACUUUCAAGAGCUACUCCGCAUUUAAACAAAUGCUACAGAACUUAACUAUUCAGGUAAUUGUAUUCAAUUAAAUGUA